AUGCCAACAUUAUUGCCGAAUCCGCACUUUCUCUACCUUUUUCUUUCAGUCUGGUUUCUCUUCAUUUCGAGUGGAAAAUUCAUUGAUCUGACAUUCCAUGUUAUCGAGCAUCCAGAACCUAGCAGUUUGAUUGGAAAUAUAAUUCAGUCUAUCGCUUUACCCAAGUCAGAGGUUCAAUCGAUGUCUGUUGAAUCACCCCCUCAGGCAGAAUGGAAUACCCUUGUAAAUAUUGACUCUUCCACUGGUGAUAUUUGGACAUCCCCUGAAAGUCGAAGUACCCUUGAUCGAGAGACUCUUUGUCCACUGACCUCCAAAGGUGAACGAAUUCAUGAUUGUAAAAUUUCGUUCUUGAUAUCAAUUAAUAAGAAAAUUCUGGUUACUCUUCAUCUUAUUAUUGAUGAUCUAAAUGAUUCGCCGCCAGUAUUCUUUUACAACGGUCAGAUUAUGAAGGAAUUUACUGUGAGUUUUUCAGAAAUGGCAACAGUUGGGGAAACUACCGCUAAUCUUCCUAUUGCCAUUGACCCAGAUUUGAAAUCAGCAACAUCUUCUGUAAAUUAUCAUAUUAUUGGUGAGAAUCUUCCUUUCAUACUUCUACAAAGUGGAAGCAUUCCACAAAUUCGCCUCUCGGACCCACUAGAUUAUGAACGAGAUCCGAUGUACACAUUCUUUCUUCAAGCCUGCAAGAACCAAAGAUUUGAGCACAUGUGUUCUUCUAUUCAUGUCACCGUAAAUGUUGAAAAUGUAAAUGAUCACAUGCCAAUUUUCUUGAAUUCAACCUACAAUGCUGUUAUUAAUGAAGAUACCCCUGUCGGAUCAGUCGUUCUUGUUGUUGAAGCGCUCGAUGCCGAUGAACCUCCAUUUAGAAAUGUCUCUUAUUCCCUUGUGAUUGACAAACGGAACGCCGAAACAUUCCCGUUUGCUGUGGAUGAGCAAAAUGGGCAAAUAUUUCUCAGAUUUCCAAAUCUGCAGCCAAAGAAAUACUCAUUCAUUGUUGAGGCCACUGAUGAUUCAAACACCAACACGAGAUCUACUGCACUUGUCAACAUUUUUGUUGCCGAUGUUAAUGAUCAUAAACCAGUAAUUGAGAUGAAACCUUUUAGCAACUCCUCAUCAACCGUUUAUGCUACUGUUGGAGGUGGUUUCGUUGUUGAAUUACAAGAAGAGGUAAUAGAGCCUGCGGUUUUAGCUUAUCUUACGGUUACUGACUUUGACGAAGGUUCAAACGCGUUAUGCACGUGUCAUCUCAAAGAUUCUCCAUUUUCGAGUGCCUUUGAGCUGAAAAAAGUGAAUCAGCUUUCACCACAAAUGACUGUCUACCGAUUAGUUUCUUCUAAAGCACUUGACGCUGAGGAUUCUUUAUUAGUGAAGCAUCUAAUCGAACCGAUUGAAUCUGAGCGAUGUAAAGGUAUUGCAGGAUUUCUUGCCCUGGUAAUAACAUGUUCUGAUUCUGGUGAUAAACCCCUUCACAAUGAAGCUACAGUCUAUGUCGCUCUACGCGGAAUCGAAGAGUUUCCUACAGAGUUCGUAUUCCCUGAUCCAAUUGGAGUUUACAGACUAUCUGUAGAGGAGAACACAAAACCUGGGACCAAGCUAAUGGAGAUAGCUGUCACUGAUAAGGACACAGGAAGUUGUACUCAAAUGUCCAUUGCUGAUACUGAUCAGGUUCUAAUUGAAUCUGAUAGUGGUGCUCUGGUACUUAUUUCACCUCUUGAUUAUGAAAAGGCAAGUUCGUUUAAAUUCAUCGUAACUGCAAGCGAAAAGAAUGAUUACAAUCCUUCCCGUACUACAGCCACAGCUACCGUUGUUGUAGAACUAAUUAAUGUUAAUGAUAAUAAACCUCGACUAGUGUCUCUAAAGAGCAUCGACGAUAAACAAUGUCAAAAGAUGAUCACAGCAAUAAUGGAGCAUGAUAACCAAGUCCAAGAAUGCUUCUCACUGGAUGUUGUGGAGGAGAUAGAACUUGGAUUUUUCAUUAACCAUCUCGAAGCGUUUGAUGCAGAUACACCAAAUUUAACUCAAGGAUUCACUUUCUCACUAGUGGGUGCUUAUGUUCCGAUCAAAUCACAGAAGGUUGACAGGCUAUCUGUCUCUCCCUUACAGGUUACGACUAACGGUGAUUUGAUUGUUUCAGGUCGAUUGGAUAGAGAGCAAUUCAGUUGGGUGGAUUUAUUGAUAUCUGUCUCUGAUGGGGAGGAAAAAUCGGUCUCCCUGCUACAUAUGAAACUGUUAGAUAUUAAUGAUAACGCACCCGUUUGGCAGUUCCCAUCCCCUACCGACUACCACAUUUCCGUGAGUUUGUUCGCCGACUUAGAUGCAGUAGUCUCGCGGGUUCAGGCUCUAGAUGCUGACUCUGGAAUAUUGAAUGGGGGUCUGGAGUACAAAAUCUCGCCCCAAGAGAAAAGUUUACCCACUUCUGGACUUCUUCAAGAUCAACUAACCAAUUCCCUCUAUGGAGCGCAUUUAUUCUCGCUAAAUCCUCACACUGGAAAGUUAAGUGUUAAACAACAGCUUCCUAAUCAGACUGAGAUCCCCUAUCGUCUGGAUUUGAUCGCCACUGAUAAAGGAAAACCCGCAUUGGAAGCCACAGCUCACCUCUUGAUAUCGUUGGUUGAUAAGCCCUUUAUUGAAAUGCAGGAUGUUCAAAUGAACCCCAUUGUGAGUACAAAUAAUCUUCAAAACGAUGGUGUUGAAUCAAAUCCUGCUCCCAUUGGAGCACCCGGUUUUGAAAACAUUGAGUACACUACCACGCCAAUGAACAUGGAAAAUUUGAUUCAUAUCAUAGGCAUUUCGGCUGGUGCCAUAGCACUUCUCUUUUUCAUCGCAAUCAUUUCAUUUGUCCUGUGCAAGAGAAUGCAAGGUGGAAGUCGUUCAUUGUGUCAAAAACCUGCUGAUCCCAUUGAAUUAAAGCUUCAACCAAGACAGAGUUGGAAUUCAAAUCCCUCCUCCUCUGCUCAUGAUAUUCUUCUUGAGAAGCCCUUGUCGGAUGGCGCACAAAAUAACCACCCAAGCAUAAAUUCUAUCCCUGUCUCAAUGAUCGAAAGUCCUAGCUGCUCAAUCGCUAUUACCAGUGGUACCCACUCGGCCCUCAAGGAAAUGAGUGGUGGGCAAAAUGUUCCAGUUAUUGUCAGUUUGGCUGUUCUUCCAGCUCCUACACCUUCAGCUAAUGUCCAAUUCCCCCCUUCUACUGAAUACGUGGUCAUUUCAGAUGGAAUGCCUGUCGAGUCGCCCAAAAGCGACUGGGAAGCUGUCAAUGAAAGUAGACUCGUGAUUGCUGAAAGGUAG